AGGCAACCAACUUUCCUGUCCCCCCCCCCUCCCUCUCUCUCUCUGUGCCUGAAAUUCCCCUCCCCCCCCCGCGGGCCCCCCGGCUCUCUCUCUCUGCCUGCAAUUCCUUCAAAACCUGAGCUUCAAUUCCUCCCUUUUUCCCGGAAUACUUAUAAGUUUACAGUCUGUUUGAUCAAAUUGUUAGAGAGUGCUGAAGUAGUGUACAGAGCUGAUUGGUUUUCGCAUGCUUUCCUGAUGAUUGGAUGGAUAAAAAGCGACAUAUUGUGAUAUUUACUACUGCAAGCCUUCCAUGGAUGACUGGAACUGCCGUCAACCCUCUUUUCCGUGCAGCCUAUCUUGCAAAAGAUGGGGAGAGACUUGUCUCUUUGGUUAUCCCUUGGUUAUCGUUGAAAGAUCAAAAACUAGUAUAUCCUAACAAUAUCACAUUCAGCAGACCUUCGGAGCAGGAGGCUUAUGUCCGUCACUGGCUUGACGAGAGGAUUGGAUUCAAAUCUGAUUUCAGUAUACUUUUUUAUCCUGGAAAGUUUUCCUUAGAUAAAAGGAGCAUCCUUCCUGCUGGAGAUAUUUCAGAAGUAGUCCCUGAUGAAAAUGCAGAUGUUGCCAUCCUUGAGGAGCCUGAGCACCUUACAUGGUUUCAUCACGGGAAGAGAUGGAAGAUUAAGUUCCGGCUGGUUGUAGGAAUCAUCCACACCAAUUAUUUGGAAUAUGUGAGAAGGGAGAGGAAUGGAAGAAUGAAAUCAUUUCUUCUUAAAUAUAUAAAUAAUUGGGUUGUUGGAAUAUAUUGUCAUAAGGUAAUCCGGUUAUCUGCCGCCACCCAGGAUUAUCCUAAAUCCAUUGUUUGCAAUGUUCAUGGAGUCAACCCAAAAUUUCUGGAGAUAGGCAAGAAAAAGCUAGAGCAACAACAAAAUGGAGUCCAGGCCUUCACCAAAGGUGCCUAUUACAUUGGGAAGAUGGUAUGGAGCAAAGGCUACAAGGAGCUACUCGAGCUUCUGCAGGAUCAUCAAAAGGAAUUAACUGGACUUGAAGUUGAUUUAUAUGGAAGUGGGGAGGACUCUGAUCAAGUUCAGGAAGCUGCCAAAAGAUUGGAACUGGCCGUUCGAGUCCACCCUGGUCAUGACCAUGCUGAUCUUCAAUUUCACGAUUAUAAAGUAUUCCUCAAUCCAAGCACCACGGAUGUGGUUUGCACAACCACAGCAGAAGCAUUGGCAAUGGGUAAAAUCGUUGUAUGUGCCAAUCACCCCUCAAAUGAAUUCUUCAAGCAAUUCCCGAAUUGUCGAACAUAUGACAAUGCUGAUGGGUUUGUUAAGCUCACACAGCAGGCGCUUGCUGAAGAGCCUGCCCAGCUGACUGAUGCACAGAGGCAUGAGCUUUCAUGGGAAGCUGCCACAGAACGAUUUCUAAGGGUUGCUGAGCUAGACCAGGCUUUUGCCAGGAAGCUAUCAAAAAAUCCUUCGAAAAGCUUUAUGUCUACCUCAUUAGGUGCUGGGAGUACAGUGGAGGAUGCAUCAGCAUAUGUGCAUCAUGUGGCUUCUGGUUUUGAAACAACACGGAAAAUAUUCGGUGCAAUCCCGAAGAGUUUGCAACCAGAUGAGGAACAAUGUAAAGAGCUUGGGUUUGCCAUGCCUGCAGGUAAACGAAAUUGAGAAGUGGGUGGGAAUCGAGGGAUAAUUUAUACAAAAUACAAGAGUCGAAUUAUGUUCAUUUACACUGUUGCGAAUAACGUCGUGUUUAAUUUGUCAUUGUUAGUCUUUCUGGACAAGAGGGAGGGGUAACUUGCAUUUGUAAUUAUAACUGCAGUGUACAUAUACAUUGUUGUGGAUACUACUUACGUUUAAUACGUGUGGUUACUUGGUUAUUUUCA